AUUCAGAGUGGCAGAGGCGCGCUGCUACAGGAGCCCACGGGUUCCAUUUUUCCUCGUGGAAUUUAGCGCGUCUGCGGUUCAGCUCCUGAACAAUUCCAUCAUUUGCACUUUUAAUUUAGACGCGUUCUACGCGUUGUCCUAGCGAAAUGAACGUCCUUUGAUUUAUUUCAUCAAUGAGGAGGCUGGUACUGGAGAUUUGGCGUGCGGGCGUGUAGCGUCACGGGCGGUGGGUCAUUCCACACAGAUCGCAUGUUGAUCACGAAACCGCUUGAUCCGGAGCUCCACGAUCUGCGAGACGUGGCAGAUUAUAUCAUCUUAAGGCCUUUUUUCAAAGGAUGCAGAUGUAACCGUUUUUGUCUGGUGUAACGAAAAUUGUACUGGAAGCAGGAUGUCCUUCUACGCCGUCAUUAUACUGGUCCUUUACAUUAUUUUCUCUGCUUGGCAGGUGAGUGCAGAUGAGGACUGCUUGUGGUACGUGGACAAAAAUGGCACCUGGCACAAUGGCUUUGACUGCCCGCUCAUAACCUUCUGCUGUGGGAACUGUCACCGCCGUUACUGCUGCCUGGAUGGCUUCAAGAUGAUCACCGAGGCGGGACAGAAGCGAUGCAUGCUUUUCCAUCUCAGCCCUUCCACUAUAGCUGGCAUUGCUUCAUCGAUCCUGCUCUUUGUGGCUGCUAUAGCAACCAUGGUCUGUUGCUUCAUGUGUUCCUGUUGUUAUCUGUACCAGCGCUACCAGAAGAUAUACAACAAUUAUAUCAUUCUCAAUUUUUUAGCCCAGCAUAUCCCAAUGGCCAGCUAUCCUGUGGAGCACAUGUAUGAUGCUUCUGGUAAACCCAUUGGACAUCCUGAUUAUCCUGGAUAUCCAAUGGUGCCACAAUAUCCAGGUGUCCCCCACCAUUAUCCUAUGAUGCCCCAGGGUCCUUAUCCUCCCAAUCCUCCUGACGCAGGAUACAGUCAAGCAGCUCCUCCGCCAUAUUCCCCUCCCCAGUACCCAGGGCACUGAAAGAGCUGAAGUCCCUCAGCCAGGAGAAGAUAACCCAUAGAAUGGGUGAUGAAGGGGGCCCAUGCUUGUGUGGAAUCCUUUGUAUGAGGAACCGUUUAAAAAUGAUUUAUGUUAUUUAUUUCUUGAUUAAUUUGUCGAGUGAAGCAUGAACUGACCUCAGAACCACCUCACGCGUCCGAGUGUUUUCUUGUUUGAUGUACAGCUUUCACGUGUCACUAAUCAGCGACUCCUCCCACUUUAAUCCAGCAACUCACAGACUCAAAAGACUGCUUUAAAUAUGCCAUUAUGUUUUGUCAAACUCUCCAAAAUGGAUUGUUAAAUAUGACUUUCCUGCAGAAGAGACUGACUGCCAGUUCUGACUCAUCCAGGAUGUCGUUUUCCAUUCAACCAAAUAAGAAGCUUGUGUCAUUUGCACUUUAUUCUGCAAUAGACAUGCUUAGCUGUUUCUCCCGCUUUGUUUGUUCAAAAUAUAUUUAUUUGACCACUAAUUCAAGCAUGUGCAUCAUUAACAUCAAUUCAUGCUGUACGCUUUUCAUGUCUUAUAGGCAGCUAACAUGUGGACAUGUUAUAUAGACAGUUAACAUGCAGUAUGUAAAUAAGAGAGAACUUACAUAAGGAAAGAAUUUCAUUUUUCAUAGCAUCCAACCAAACUUCAUUCUGUGCAUUUAAAGGUCGUCAACUCUUGUUAGAUCUGGCUUGAGGUUGAGCUGUAAUGUUAACGCCCUUUAGAUUUGCAUGUCUUUAAUUGUAUCUCAUGCUAUAGGCCAGUUAUCAAGGGAAUCACAAAAAUGUGUGCAUUCGGUUAGCUGUCCGUCUGUGCAUUUUUGUUUGUUUCAAAGAGCUUUCAAAGUCAUUUGUUGUUUUGUUACCUACAGUGAGACAAGUUUAAACAAAGUCCCUUUAGUUUUCCCUCCAAGUUCUGAAAAAAAGUCUGAAUAGUGAGAUGUAAACUCAGAAUUCAGGGAAAAAAAUUCAUAAUUUCAAUGUCACAAUAGUGCGGUUAUAUUUAGCAUUGUUUAGCAAAAUUUUGCAGGCAAUAUUUUCAGUAUGAACCCACGCAUUCAGGAAUUACUCAUGUGGGCAUAAGAUUUUCUAAUGCCGAUUUCACAUAGGUUUCAUUGGUCAUGCAAAUUUGCAGUGUUGACCAAUGGGUAGAAGUGACUUCUGUUUGAGCUGUGCUUCAUACAACACUAUUGACAACAGACUAUGGACCAUUUUUGCCUGCAAAUUUUUGCCAGAAUUUCACUAAUGUGACUGCACAUUAAAGCGGGACUUACAUUGCCACCAUAUUGAAUUUUCCAAUUUUUCCCAUUCAUAAGCAUCAGUGGACCAUCCUAAAUAAAUUUUGAAGUUCAUCAUAAAUGGCAGUUUUCAAUGAUAAAUUAGAAUGUAAAUUAAAAGAAUUAGAUUCUCAUUAAAUUGUUUAUCAGCUUAAAAUAAUUCACCAGUUUCAUUUGAGAUGCGAUUUUUGAUUUAAAAUGAUUUCUGCUACCUCCUCAUCUCACAUUUGUAAGAUUAGUUGUGAUGCUUUUUGUCCACAGUUUAAAUAACUUGUUAGUUAUUUAAAUUAAUGUAUAGUUAACAGUGUUGUUUUUGCUAUAUACAACAUAUGCUACUGUAUUUGUCACUUUGGAAUGUGAAGUACAAAUAAGAAAAGGAUCUAUAAAGAGGAAUUUUUACAAUGUGGAAUAUUAACAGGUAUUUAUAACUUGAGGGAAAAGGCGAUUAAUAGGCUACUAGUGUUUGAACUUGCACUAAUCAUCCUAUAAGAGAGGUUUAACUGAAGGAGUAUUGCAUAAUUCUCUUUUUACAAUAAAAACAGAAUUGACUGAUU